AUGUCCAUGGUUAUCUCCUCCGUUCUCCCAGCUCCUUGCUCUCUCCUCAUGGCAACCUUGAUGCUGCUCAUCGUCCAGGCGCAAAGCUUCACCAGGCACUACAAUUUCAAUGUGCAAAUGGCGAACGUGACGAGGCUGUGCGCCACCAAGAGCAUCGUGACGGUGAACGGGGAGUACCCCGGACCGGCGCUCGUGGCGAGGGAAGGCGACCGCGUCGCCGUCCGCGUCACCAACCACGUCGCCACAACAUGA